CUAUGAUUUGCUACAACUGCUGGACGUUCGACAGGAACGUUCCCGAACACUGCCCUCUAUCUGCAAAUAAGCAACUGGUCGGUGUCAACGGCGGCAGAAGGAGCGUUAGCCUGGUGCAGUUAGUCACGGAUGGCCGUCCCGAGAUAGGAAAUCAUGCCAGCAGCCAUUGGUAUUGACCUGGGUACCACCUACUCCUGUGUCGGGGUCUUCCAGCAUGGCAAGGUGGAGAUCAUCGCCAAUGACCAGGGCAACCGCACCACCCCCAGCUACGUGGCCUUCAAUGACACUGAGAGGCUCAUCGGAGAUGCUGCCAAGAACCAGGUAGCCCUGAACCCACAGAAUACCAUCUUUGAUGCCAAGAGGCUCAUCGGAAGGAGGUUUGAUGACCCAGUCGUGCAGUCUGAUAUGAAGCACUGGCCCUUCCAGGUGGUGAAUGAUGGAGGGAAGCCUAAGGUCAGGGUUGAAUAUAAAGGCGCCAGUAGAUCUUUUUACCCCGAGGAAAUCUCUUCCAUGGUGCUGACCAAGAUGAAGGAGACAGCAGAGGCUUACCUGGGACACACUGUCAGUAAUGCUGUUAUCACGGUGCCUGCUUACUUCAAUGACUCCCAGCGCCAGGCAACCAAAGACGCCGGGGUGAUCGCUGGCCUCAAUGUCCUCCGUGUUAUCAAUGAGCCAACGGCAGCUGCCAUUGCCUAUGGCCUGGACAAGAAGGGCAGAGGAGAACACAAUGUUCUCAUCUUUGACUUGGGGGGUGGCACCUUUGACGUGUCUAUCCUCUCCAUUGACGAUGGUAUCUUUGAAGUGAAAUCGACAGCGGGCGACACCCACUUGGGAGGAGAGGACUUUGAUAAUCGCAUGGUCAAUCACUUCAUUGAGGAGUUCAAGCGUAAAUACAAGAAGGACAUCAGUCAGAACAAGAGGGCGGUGAGGAGGCUGAGGACAGCCUGUGAAAGAGCCAAGAGAACCCUGUCUUCCAGCACACAAGCCAGUAUUGAAAUUGACUCUCUGUAUGAAAGCUUAGACUUCUACACCUCCAUCACCAGGGCUCGGUUUGAGGAACUCAAUACCGACCUGUUCAGAGGCACUCUGGAACCAGUGGAGAAAGCUCUGAGAGAUGCCAAGUUGGACAAGUCACAGAUCCAUGACGUUGUCUUGGUUGGGGGCUCCACCCGCAUUCCCAAGAUCCAGAAACUGCUGCAAGAUUUCUUCAGUGGCAAGGAGCUGAACAAGAGCAUCAAUCCUGAUGAGGCUGUGGCCUAUGGGGCAGCUGUUCAAGCAGCUAUUCUGAUGGGGGACAAGUCCGAGAAUGUUCAGGACCUACUUCUCCUGGAUGUUGCUGCCCUGUCAUUGGGUCUCGAGACAGCAGGAGGUGUCAUGACUGCACUCAUCAAGCGCAAUACCACCAUUCCCACCAAGCAGACCCAGAUCUUCAGCACCUACUCUGAUAACCAGCCUGGUGUGCUUAUUCAGGUGUAUGAAGGAGAGCGAGCCAUGACCAAAGACAACAAUCUCCUGGGGAAAUUUGAAUUGAGUGGCAUUGCUCCUGCCCCUCGUGGUGUGCCACAGAUCGAGGUCACCUUUGAUAUCGAUGCCAAUGGCAUCUUGAAUGUCUCUGCCAUUGAUAAGAGCACUGGCAAAUCGAACAAGAUCACUAUCAGCAAUGACAAGGGCAGGCUGAGUAAGGAGGAGAUUGAGAGGAUGGUGCAGGAAGCAGAAAGUUACAAAGCCCAAGAUGAUAUGCAACACAAAAAAGUCUUGGCUAAAAACUCCCUAGAGUCAUAUGCAUUCAACAUGAAGAAUUCAGCAGAGGAAGAAAAAAUAAGCAGCAAGAUUAGUGAGGAAGACAAGAAGAAGGUAACUGAAACCUGUAACCAAGCAAUAUCCUGGCUGGAGACACACCAGGAUGCAGAGAAGCAUGAGUAUGAAGAUCAACUGAAGAAGUUGGAGAAUAUCUGCAACCCCAUUAUUGCCAAGUUAUAUCAGGGAGAUGUGCCUGUUGGCUUCGGUGACCAGGCUGGUAAAGGAAAUGCCUUUAGUGGCCCAACAAUUGAGGAAAUGGCAAGCAGGGGGACAGCCAUUGGUAUUGACCUGGGCACCACCUACUCCUGUGUCGGGGUCUUCCAACAUGGCAAGGUGGAGAUCAUCGCCAAUGACCAGGGCAACCGCACCACCCCCAGCUACGUGGCCUUCAAUGACACCGAGAGGCUCAUUGGAGAUGCUGCCAAGAACCAGGUAGCUCUGAACCCACCCAACACCAUCUUUGAUGCCAAGAGACUCAUUGGCAGGAAAUAUAAUGACCCGGUUGUCCAGUCUGACAUGAAGCACUGGCCCUUCCAGGUGGUGAAUGAUGCAGGGAAGCCAAAGGUCAAAGUCGAGUACAAGGGUGAAGAUAAGACCUUUUACCCUGAGGAAAUCUCUUCUAUGGUGCUGACCAAGAUGAAGGAGAUCGCUGAGGCCUACCUAGGCUACACUGUCACUAAUGCUGUUAUCACAGUACCUGCUUAUUUCAAUGACUCCCAGCGCCAGGCAACCAAAGAUGCUGGUGUGAUCGCUGGUCUCAAUGUCUUACGGAUCAUUAAUGAGCCAACAGCAGCUGCCAUUGCCUAUGGCCUGGACAAGAAGGGCAGAGGAGAACGCAAUGUUCUCAUCUUUGACCUGGGGGGUGGCACCUUCGAUGUGUCUAUUCUCACCAUUGACGAUGGUAUCUUUGAAGUGAAAUCGACGGCAGGUGACACCCACUUGGGUGGAGAGGACUUUGAUAACCGCAUGGUCAAUCACUUCAUUGAUGAGUUCAAACGUAAAUACAGAAAGGAGAUCAGUGACAACAAGAGGGCAGUGAGGAGGCUGAGGACAGCCUGUGAAAGAGGCAAGAGAACCCUGUCUUCCAGCACACAAGCAAGUGUUGAGAUUGACUCUUUGUAUGAAGGCAUUGACUUCUACACCUCCAUCACCAGGGCUCGGUUUGAAGAACUGAAUAUCGACCUGUUUAGAGGCACUCUGGAACCCGUGGAGAAAGCUCUCAGAGAUGCCAAAUUGGAUAAAGCUCAAGUUAAUGAUAUAGUCCUGGUUGGAGGCUCCACCCGCAUCCCCAAGAUCCAGAAAUUGCUGCAAGAUUUCUUCAAUGGCAGAGAUUUAAAUAAGAGCAUCAAUCCUGAUGAGGCUGUGGCCUAUGGGGCAGCUGUUCAAGCAGCUAUUCUGAUGGGGGACAAGUCUGAGAAUGUCCAAGAUCUACUGCUACUGGAUGUUACUCCGCUAUCAUUGGGUCUGGAGACAGCAGGAGGUGUCAUGACCACACUCAUCAAGCGUAACACCACCAUUCCCACCAAGCAGACACAGAUCUUUACCACAUAUUCUGACAGUCAACCUGGUGUUUUGAUCCAAGUAUAUGAAGGAGAGAGAGCAAUGACUAAGGACAACAACCUCUUGGGCAAAUUCGACCUCAGUGGGAUCCCUCCUGCGCCACGUGGUGUACCACAGAUUGAGGUCACCUUUGAUAUUGAUGCAAAUGGCAUCUUGAAUGUGUCAGCUGUGGACAAGAGCACUGGCAAAGAGAGCAAAAUCACCAUCACUAAUGACAAGGGCAGAUUGAGUAAGGAGGAGAUUGACAGGAUGGUGCAGGAAGCAGAAAGAUACAAAGGACAGGAUGAUAUGCAGCGUGAGAAAAUUGCAGCCAAGAAUUCCCUGGAGUCAUAUGCAUUCAACAUGAAGAGUUCAGUGGAGGAAGAGAAAACGAAAGGCAAGAUCAGUGAGGAAGACAAGAACAAAGUCAUUGAAAAGUGUAACCAGGCCAUAUCUUGGCUGGAGGCAAACCAAGCAGCAGAGAAGGAGGACUUUGAGCAGCAAUUGAAAGAUUUAGAAAAAGUAUGCAAACCCAUCAUUGCCAAACUCUACCAGGGAGGUAUGCCUGAAGGGCCAUUCUCAGAACAAGUCAAAAAGGACCCUUCUGGUGGACCAACAAUUGAAGAAGUUGAUUGAAACUUUAACUGUCUUGAAUGUAAUAUCUUUUUCAGUUGGUCUCUCUUCUCCCCCAACCUCCCUGAAUUUGCAGCUGUCCUUUAGAAUGUUUGUGUCCUUCGUAAAUCCAGCUGAUUUGGACAGUGUUUGCGUGGUUCGAUAAAUGAUUGCAUACAUUUCCAAUGUUUAGGUGUUUGGAUGGUGGCAAUUAAACGUGUCAAUGGUGAUUUUUUUUCUGCAAACUGUUUCCUGUAUGUUUUGUACAUUGAGUGCUUUAUGUUCCUUUAGCUGGUAAUGGAGGCAAAGAGCAUUCUCAGUGCUUUCUUAGUUUUCUGCAUAACUACAAGGAUGCACCAUAUGAUUCAGAGAUUCAGUCACUUGUCAUUAAUCCUGAGAUAUUAAUGUUAGGACAGGUUAUACUUGCAGUUAAGCUAGUCAGCUAUCUUUUUUUGUCAUGUAGAACACACGAAGAAUUAACCUGAGAUGUAGUUGGAAUACUGUUCCCUUAUAAUAAACAACAUAGAUUCCAUUUUCAUAUGGGCCAUGAAAAGGUGACAUUACAAGAAUUGGCAGUCUUUGCAGACUUAAUUUGCAUGCAACUACUGGGGAAAAUAAUCACAUCUAAAAAUCUUUGUUGGAAAAUGCAUAACAUCCGAGCAGUAGCUAUAAAUAUUAGUUUCUCUCCGUGUACGACCAAUUUUCAGAUGAUGUCCUCUGUACUCCACAAAAAGCUUGUAUAACAAUUUGAAUGAUUUCUUACUCUAAACAUGAAUGCUAAAUUCUAUUGUAUAAUAUCGCUGUAACCUUAGGGUUUGUUUUUACUUUGUGAUCAUGUAUUAAACUUGCCUCAUUAUACAUUACUGUACCCAAAAUAACUUAAUUCUAAUUGGAUGUAGAACAUAUAAUUUUAGAAAACUAUCCUUGUGACUUCCUCUGGCAACUUGAUUUUCUCAAACUACAUGAAAUUUAAAGUCACCCGUGAUAAACAUACUGUCUUUUUUUACAGGCUCUUAUUUUCUCCCUGAUCUAUUCUCUGUCCUAAAGAAAAGCUGCUAGUGGGUUUGUAGACUACUCCCAGCAGCAGCAUUUUCCCAUUGUUAUUUCUUUAGCCUCCACUUAUAUGGAUUAUACAGCACGAGUUUCCAAGAUCAUUUCUUGUUAUUUGUACUUAUUGCAUCUAAACCAAUAACAAAGCUAUCCCAUGGGUCUUCCUGCAUGUCUUUCUGAAUAAUCACAUACCCCACUAUAUAGUUCCCAGCUUUAUAAAAACAUUUCCAUAAUGUCCAUGGGAUCACACUCAUUCAUCUCUAUUUGUGCCAUUAAUUCAUUAAUUUUGUUCUCAAUACUUAGCAGUAUACCUAAAAACAAAUGGUGGCUCAGUGGUUAGCAUGGCUGCCUUGCAGGCCUAGGGACAUGGAUUCCAUUCCACCCUUGGGCAACUGUCUGUGUGGAGCUUGCACAUUCUCCCUGCGUCUGCAUUAGUUUCUUCCCACAGUCCAAAGAUGUGCAGAUUAGGUGGGCUGGCCAUGCUAAGUUGCCUGUAGUGUUCAGGGAUGGGUAGCAUAGGUGCGUUAUAGGGGGAUGGCUCUUGAUGGGAUGCUCCAAGGGUCAGUGUGGACCUGUUGUGCUGAAGGGCCUGUUUUCACACUGUAGGGAUUCUAUGAUUCAAACUCUGUUUGCACACUAUAAAAUCUUCACUGACUGUCAGUGCUCCAUUGCAAUGAGUUAAAAAGUUAGUUAAAGCAGAAAGAUUUUUAAAAAAUUCACCUGUGGGACCUGGGUGUCGCUGGCUGGGCCAACAUUCAGUGCCUGCCCUUGACUAGGUGGUGGUGAUCUAACUUCUUGAACAACUGCAGUCCACAUGCCAUAGGCAGACUCUCAAUGCCGUUUGGGACAGAUUUCCAGGAUUUUGACCGAGCAACACCGAAGGAGUGGCAAUAUAUUUCCAAGUCAGGAUGGUGAAUAGUUCAGAAGUAACUUACAAAUGUUGGUGUUCCCAUGUAUCUACUGCCCUUGUCCUUCUAGAUGGUAGCAGUUGUGGGGUUGGAAGGUACUUUCUAAGGAUUUUUGGUGCAUUGCUGCAGUGCAUCCUGUGAUUUUUUUUGUGGCUCUGAUUACAGGAAUUGGGGCAUCAUGUUAUAUGAAACAUUGAUAUGGCCAUAUCUGGAUUAAUCAUAUAGUCCUAGUUGUCUUGCAGUGAGAAGGAGGUUAUUAAAUUGGAAAGGGUGCAAAAAAGUUUUGCAAUGAUGUUACUGAUACUGGAAGAUUUGAGGCAGAAGGACAUGCUGGGACUUUUCUCCCUGGAGCAUAGGAGGCUGAGGGAUGACCUUAUAGAGGUUUAUAAAGUUGUGAGAGGGCAUAGAUAAAGUGAAUAGCCAAGGUCUUUCCCCUGAGGUAGGGGAGUCCAAAACUAGAGGGCAUAGGUUUAAGGUGAGGGAAAAUAUUUCACACAGGCUUGGUUUGUAUGUGGAAUGAAAUGCCAGUGCUAGAGACAGGUACAAUUACAACAUUUCAAAGAAAUUUGGAUAGGUACAUAGGAAAGUUGAGAGGGAUAUGGGCCAAACUCAGGCAAAUGGGACUAGUUCAGUUUUGGAAACCAGGCUGGCAUAGAUGAGUUGGACCAAAGGGUCCAUUUCUGUGCUGUAUGACUCUAUGAUUGAACGAGCUGCAAAUCAAGUGGGCUACUUUGUGCAGGAUGGUGUCACACUUUCCGAGUGUUGUUGCUGUGCAAUUGGGUCCUGGUCAUGCUGCAAAGCAGGCUGCACCCACUAGAAUAUUAUCUUGUUUUCAGGAAACCUGGACCAUUGCAAUCCCAAUGCCAGUAGUAAUAAAAUCAAAAAGUGCAGGUGAUACCCAUCAAUGGGUAUAGUGGAAUUUUGUUGGAUUGUUAAUGGGCAAUUAAAGUUGUUAAUUUGUUGGUUACAUUGUUGAUUUUGAAGAACACUGUCAGGAUUUUAAUUUCUUUGUGUUACACUCUUUGUUGCCUUGUUUGAAUCUUCGUUGAU